AAGUGAAAUCUAAUCCAAUUAGCUACCACAACCAAAAAACAUAAAAAUGGCAACCUCAGUGAUGUCUUCAUUGAGCUUGAAACCUUCUUCCUUUGGUGUCGACACUAAGUCAGCCGUUAAAGGUUUGCCGUCUCUUAGUAGGUCCUCCGCCUCUUUCACCGUUCGUGCUAGCGGUGUCAAGAAGAUCAAGGUUGACAAACCUUUGGGAAUUGGUGGAGGCAUGAAAUUGAGGGAUGGCGUUGAUUCGUCUGGAAGGAAGCCAACGGGCAAGGGUGUUUACCAAUUUGUUGACAAGUAUGGUGCCAAUGUUGAUGGUUACAGUCCAAUCUACAAUGAAGAGGAGUGGGCACCUACCGGUGACGUCUAUGCUGGGGGUACGACUGGUCUACUGAUUUGGGCUGUUACUCUAGCUGGUCUCCUGGCUGGUGGUGCGUUGCUUGUUUACAACACAAGUGCUUUGGCACAAUAAAAACAAUUAAAUGUUACUUGAAAAUGUAUUAAGUUUUUAUUAUUUGUUUAGACAAUUAAUCUGUAAAAGUAAUAUGUAAAAUACUCAUGAUUUGUAUCUAGUAAUUUUACUAUUUAUGGUACCAUUUCAUCUUACAAUUCA